GGGCAGUAGCAGUCCGCGCGUCGUCCGGCGACGAUGGACCCCGAGGACCGUUCGUGGCCGACUGCGCUCCUAUUGGCUGUGGCUGUGUCGGUGCUGCUGAGAACCUCCGGAGCGGCUGUUUCGAGCAACCGAGGCGGAGGAGUAGACGAGGCAGAGAGGGGGUUGGGCCCUGCUCCAGUCGCAGCGACGCGGAGGGCCGCCGGCGCAGACAGACUGCGCUUCCAGAGGCAGCCCUGCUCGUGCCAGACCAGGGAGUGCGGCUGCUGCGCCACCAUCCUGGUCCAGCGGUUCAACUUCAGCCAGAGAGGCUGUCUCAAUCUGUCGGUGGACCCAAGUAACCUGUCCAUGAAGAUGAAAGUUUACCUCAACAACAAAACAGUGUUCCAGCAACAGAUUUCAGGUCGCAACCCGCCGCCCAUCUGCGUGCCCGUGCCGCAGUUCCCGCUGCUGAUGCUGUGCGCGCGCCUCUACGACGUGCGGCUCGAGGGAAACAACGUGCACGCCUGCAUCAACCUGGAGGCGCAGCUGCAGGGCAUACCGCUGCUCGUCGUGUCCUUCGACUGCGUGCGCUUCGGCGCCGACGGCUUCGCGGUGGAGAAGACCCAGGCGGGGGAGCCCCUCAAGGUCACCUCGGAGGGUUCCCCCACCACGGCGACCGAGAAGCUUCAGGGGGUGGGCCAUUUCAAGGUCACCUCGGAGAGUACCCCCACCACGGCGAACGAGAAGCUUCAGGGGGUGGGCCAUUUCAAGGUCACCUCGGAGAGUACCCCCACCACGGCGACGACGGAGAAGCUUCAGGGGGCGGGCCAUUCCAAGGUCACCUCGGAGAGUACCCCCACCACGGCGAACGAGAAGCCCCAGGCGGGGGAGCCCCUCAAGGUCACCUCGGAGGGUUCCCCCACCACGGCGACCGAGAAGCUUCAGGGGGUGGGCCAUUUCAAGGUCACCUCGGAGAGUACCCCCACCACGGCGACGACGGAGAAGCUUCAGGGGGCGGGCCAUACCAAGGUCACCUCGGAGAGUACCCCCACCACGGCGAACGAGAAGCUUCAGGGGGCGGGCCAUUCCAAGGUCACCUCGGAGAGUACCCCCACCACGGCGAACGAGAAGCUUCAGGGGGCGGGCCAUUUCAAGGUCACCUCGGAGGAUACCCCCACCACUGCGACCGAGAAGCUUCAGGGGGCGGGCCAUUCCAAGGUCACCUCGGAGGGUACCCCCACCACUGCGACGGAGAAGCCGCAGACUGCGAGCUAUACCAAGGUGACCUUGGCUGCUUACCCCACCACGACCAUGAAGCUCGGGGAAAGAAGGCAUGGUCUCCGCGGUAAUCCGGCAGCGCUCUCACCGGUACAGACCUGAUGAAUGGUCGAGAAGGACACAUUGCCUGGAAGUCUUUCAACUUUAAAGCGGUAACUCCGAUGCAAACUGCAGUAACAGCUGUCACCCACUUGCCAUAAUUUUUUUUUAAACAGUAUACCCUUAAGUUAUAUUAAAACUAAAUAUCACAGAUUUAUCCAGUGACAAAGCUAAAUGCAGUUAGCUAUUAUAGUUUAGUAUGCAUGCAUUCAGUAUGCUUUAAUAUAAUGAAAAAAAAAAUACAAUUUCUGACUAAAAUGAAACGUUCAAAAUAUAAUGUUUCCAACAUCUGUAUUGCCUUAGAAAUACCAUACUGUUGUCGAAGUUUUCGUAAGUUUACAAUAUUUAAUACUUUUUAGUAGUUUUUGAGGACAAUAACUAAUUCAAAACACGUUUCAACAGUCUAAGCACAUGGCAGGCAAGGUCCUUACAUAGAUUUUUUUUUUUUUUAGCUCAUGGCGGGCUCUUAAAAUCUAAUACUUGCCCUGUGCUAGUAAACCAUCUGAUAUUUACCUUGUGAUAUUAAACCAUCUGAUACUUUCCUUGUGAUAUUAAACCAUCUGAUACUUUCCUUGUGAUAGUAAACCAUCUGAUACUUUCCUUGUGAUAGUAAACCAUCUGAUACUUUCCUUGUGAUAGUAAACGAUCUGAUACGUACGUAUAACCUUAUUUAUUAAUAAUAUUUAUUUUUAAUAUUACUAUGAUAAACUUCGUGUUAGAGUUUCAUGUUAUAAGUAUAGUGAUAAGUGUAUUUGGGUGAAGCAGUGGUGUGGCCCUUUCUUCACUUGCGGACAGCCUACGAUUCACAAAUACUUCCUUGAACGCCCGAAUAUUUGUGUAGGUACGUGUAUCUUCGCGUAUUUUUUUUUUCAAGUAGCAAAUCUCGUUGAUUGAAAGUGCGACAUAAAUGUAUCAAGGAAACAAAACAAACUUAAACCAUUAAUUUAGAGAAAAAUAUUAAUGUAAAAAUUGCAGCAAGUAUCUUUGGCACGUCACUUGAUAGUACACUGCAAUUUGUUUUUAAAUUACAGAUAUUUGUAAAUUUGUACAUGUACAUGGCAACAACUGUACCAUUACAAAAUAGUGUUUGCAGUAAUACUGGGUUCGGACUUUAACCCGGGCAUUUAUGCUUUGUGUUGUAACAGUGCCUAAAAUAUUUAAAGUUAUGUGUUAACCAUUCCCUGAAUAGAUCACCAGUAUUAAAUGCGCACACUAAUAAAGCAUAAUAAAAUCAAAA